GUGGACAUACCAGUUAUACUAUGGUUAAACCAAGAUUAAAUAAUUAAUUAAUCUUGGUUUUUACAUCAAUCCCGUCGCAAUUGAUCACGUUAGUCGAUGCUCGGAAUUUUUUUUACUGAACCGACCAGAGGAUCUAUCGAGUCGACCAAUGGACGAUCGGGCGCCAUUUCUCCAGACUUUUGCGAGUCCGCCAGAAGGAGCCGUGAAGGCUACGGAGAGCUCGGGGCGAACGGUUGCCUAGGUACCGCGAGCGAGCGAGUGUGUUGGCAUAAACAAAGCUGACAAGCCAAGCGGCCGUGGGGGCUGCGCGUCUCGUCGAUCGUCGCCUGAUAAACCGAUUUCUCGCAAAAUGACGUCGCUCGAUUUGCGCCAGCAGAAGUUGGAACAACAGAGGCAACUGAUCGCGCAGAAGAUGAAGCAGAAGAGGCAGACUGGUGCUAGUGGGAUGGUACAAGCGUCUAAUGUGUCUAGCGCGCAGCUGACGAGUCACUCGAACAAAUGGAUGAAUCCAAACAAGGAGCUUCACGCGUACGACGGUCCAUUACAAUAUGCUAUGUUUCAAACAAGUACAGACGUGGGACCUUAUGCAGAAAGAAAAAAUAGCGAGGGGACACUCAGUGUGGUCAACGACAGAGGCUUGUACGAAGGUUCCCAGAGCACUGAUUGCGCCGAUGAAGAAUCAUCGCCCAUAGACUUGCAUUCGCCCGCGGAAUCUCUGCCAUGUUCCUCACCACUUCGAGUAGCACCGUCGGAGGGACCUAAUACUCUUAUUAGUAGGGAGAACAACUCUUCCAGCCCAGAAUUAGAGGGGAACGUAGAGGGUAAUAUAGAACAAUUCGUGUUACAACCAGCAAAUAAGAAAAUGCAUUACAAGUGUCGAAUAACGCGCGACCGGAAGGGAAUGGACCGUGGUCUUUAUCCGACUUAUUUCUUGCACCUAGAACGCGACUACGGAAAAAAGAUUUUCCUACUGGCUGGCCGAAAGAGGAAAAAGAGCACAACGAGCAACUACUUGAUUUCAACUGAUCCCACAGAUCUCUCAAGAGGAGGAGAAUCUUACGUCGGUAAACUCCGGUCGAAUCUUCUGGGGACGCAAUUCACAAUUUACGACAACGGAUACUCGUUGAUGAAAGACGACAAACGUGACGAGCGUUUCAAUCCACGGCAGGAAUUGGCCGCGGUGGUAUACGACACGAAUGUUUUAGGUUUCAAGGGCCCGCGUAAAAUGACCGUCAUUAUACCGGGCAUGACGCCCGAUCAAAAGCGAGUGGAGAUAUGUCCGCGGGUUGAGUCAGAAACCUUGCUUGAACGAUAUAAAUUAAAACAGAUGGAUAAUCUGAUAGAAUUGCAUAACAAAACUCCCGUGUGGAAUGACGAUACACAGUCCUACGUGCUUAACUUUCAUGGUCGAGUAACUCAGGCAUCUGUAAAAAAUUUUCAAGUCGUUCACGACAGCGACGUGGACUACGUCGUGAUGCAGUUUGGACGAGUCGCCGAGGAUGUUUUUACGAUGGAUUACAGAUUUCCCCUUUGUACAGUUCAGGCAUUCGCCAUCGCACUGAGUAGUUUUGACAGUAAAUUAGCGUGCGAAUAACAAUGCAGUCGAACGCCAUCGAUCGAAAUGUCAGUUAAGUACAUACUUACCCACGAGUUGCUGUAUCGUUCUAAAUCGUUAGCUUUCUAAUGGACAAUCAGUAGAUUACCAGGUACCAGUUUUAAUAUGGCGCCCGGCGUAUUGAACCGUUUUAUAAGAUAAAACGUGAAACGAGAAUCGCUCUAAUUGUGUGUUCACUUUUCAUAUUUCGUAACGAGUCUAUUUCUAUACUAAAUGUGUAUAAUGCGGAACGACGAUUUAAAUAUUACUCAUGAUAUAUCGAUAUAAAAGUUGAGCCUGCAUAAAAAUCUUGAUAUCGUUACACUUGAUAUCGUUACACUUGAAAUACGGCACGUUGUAUCUUGACUAUUUUUAUUAUUUGACGUUAAUUGCCGAUGUAGAACAAUUACUGCUGUUCACAAAAAGUGACGACGUGAAUUUCUCGGCCAAUAAUUCAGAAUAUACUAAUGCAGAAUAUUGUAUGUUAAACGUUGGACAUAUUUUUAUGAAUCUCACUACGCAGAACGUUUAUAAAUAAUAAGACAUAAGUAUCUGAUUUUACAGUGCCUUGGCAUAAUAUUCGCUGUGCUUCUAAAAAACAAUAUUUACAGUUCUCUGUUUUAUUUUCGUUGAGAAGAAAAUGAUAUCGUAAUUAAAGAGAUCACCAAGAAAUUUAAAAUGUAUGUUUAAAUAUUUAAUAAUUCAUGUGCACAUUAUCUAUCAAAAACGAACAUCAAAAAGGCUCGUUUUGCACAUAUUUCAUAUAUAUUUCAUAAAAGAUUAUAUUUGUUAAUUUACAUAAUGUUUAUAUAAUAAUCUGUAUUAACAGAGCCUGAUCGUAAUAAAAUUACGAUCGGAAUCGUGUAUAAGUGGCUACACAAACCAUACAACCCUUCAUUUUAUCACUGUGUGGAGAUGUGCAAUUUUCACUAUACACUAAAAAAUUUUAAAUACUAGAUAUAAAUACAUAUAUAGAAGCACGUAGCGCGCACACCAUUAAUCAGAAAUAUAUCGCGCACAUCUUCAAUCAAAUUUAUCCUGAUAAAUUUAUUCGGGAUACAACAAGAGACUUAUUUUAUAUCAAUAUAGAAAAAUAUCGAAGUUAUUGAAUAUUACAUUAAUUAUUUAUAUAUUAUUCUAAACAUUUUGGGUCACUUUGCACAAGAGUUACUUUUAGACUAAAUUACAAACGUAACAUCUUAAAAGAUAUAAUUUGAGACGCGAAAUUAAUUAAAUAUGUAUUCACAUAUUAUAUAUAUAUUGUGUGUAUUAUUUAAGUUAUACAGAGAUAUAUAAGAAAAACAACCAAAGUAUUUUACUGAAAUUUUCACGCAGCUUUUAACGAAACGAAUGAAUUAUUUAAACGUUUGCCAGGCAUCAGAUGAUUAGGUAACAUCUAAUAGUUGUUUAAUCAUCUGAAUACCGUUUAUAGUGGUAGCUCUUAACGUAGCAAUGAUUGACGAUUAAUUGAAAAAUAUUUAUUGCAAUACUUAAAAAAUAGGUACCUGUAUUAUAUAGCGAUCGCUAUAAUAUUGUAUAUUCAUAAUUAUUCUGUCCUUUCAUUUACAUGAUGGAAUAUUUUCACAUUCCACGUACAAUUAUUUCAAGUAUAUAGAUAUAAGUUUUCGUCCUAUAUUCUGCUAAUUUAUGUGCAACGAGAGGCACAUUUAUUAUCCGUAUUAAAUGGGUAUUGUCUGUAUUUUGUAUGUUUGUAUCACUACUAUAGAAAUGUUCUUAUUUAUAUCUCUAUUAUGCAUGUAAUUAAAUUAAUCGGAAAUUUGUCAGACAGAGAACAAAAAGUAUCUCGCACAUUCGAUACAAUCAUAUGUUUAUUUAUCGGUGUAAUCGAAGAGUAUAUGUCUAGUCUUUUAUUGUACCGAUAAUAAUUUUGGUACAUUAUAUGUAGCGUAAUAAGUUAUUCGUUCUCCUUUCAUAAAAACGUAUGAGAAAUGAGAAAAAUCAUACUGAAGUAUGUACUUUUAUAAAAGCGAUGCAUUUAAUAUACGAAAUUACUUUAAUUAUAUGUAUCUAAAUAUUGUUUAUUAAAUGCUGAAAGAAAAAUGUUUUUCUAUGCGUGACGUACAAAACAAGGGAUUUAAAUUAACAGUUUUCUAAAAACGAAUGCAUAUCGUGUUUGAUUCUAGUAGAGUAAAAACGGGUGAAGAUACAUAUAUUAACGUGUAUAUUAUUUAUUAUUACAAGAUUUAUAAAAAAAAAGGUAACAUGAAAUAUUUCCAGCAUUAUUUGGGCAGUAAAACUUGAUAGAUUAGUGAGCGCAUUUUCUUAGUUUUUGUAUUUUUCAUGUACAAAAAAUCGCUGUUUGUAUCUCGAUUAAUACAAUAAAGGCACUUAAGGUCUAACACUUAUCUACAUUAAAGAUUACGAUACGACAAUCACUUAUUCGGUUUAUUAUUUACAAUAGGCAUACACAUUACUUCAAUUCUGGUUUGCGAUUAAAAUGAACUUGUGUUACCUCCGUACACAGAAUAAAUAUUAAUAGGAGUGUUUAAUUAAAUAUUUCGGCGAUUAAUCAAUAGAUUAAUCAUUGGAUCUUACGAUACUUUUCUCAUAAUA